CCUAUACCACCGGCAUUCCCAGUAUGCACCGCGGCCACACCAGCAAAAAAAUACUCCGGUAACUGGAAAGGGCCGACUAAAAGCAGAUCUAAACGGAUAGCUAACUACUUCUACGUUUAAAAGUAUAAUAACAUAUAUUACGAAUAUGGCUGACAACGAAAAACUGGACAACCAAAGGCUGAAGAAUUUCAAAAAUAAAGGUCGCGAUUUGGAGACUAUGAGAAGACAAAGAACGGAGGUGGUUGUAGAACUGAGAAAGAACAAACGUGACGAGCACCUCCUGAAGAGAAGGAACGUGCCCCAGGAAGAUAUCUGCGAUGACUCGGAUGUCGAUGGAGAUUUCAGAUCGCAAAACACCUCUUUAGAAGCAAUAGUGCAAAACGCCACCAGUGAUAACCAGGGGAUCCAGCUGAGUGCAGUACAGGCUGCCAGGAAGCUGUUAUCGAGUGACCGCAACCCACCCAUUGAUGACUUGAUAAAGUCUGGCAUUUUACCCAUACUAGUUCACUGUCUGGACAGGGAUGACAAUCCAUCUCUGCAGUUUGAGGCAGCCUGGGCUUUGACCAACAUCGCCUCAGGGACCUCUGAGCAGACCCAGGCCGUUGUGCAGUCCAAUGCGGUUCCCUUGUUCCUGAGGCUGCUGCACUCCCCUCACCAGAAUGUGUGUGAGCAGGCCGUCUGGGCGCUGGGAAAUAUCAUAGGUGACGGUCCUCAGUGCAGAGACUACGUGAUCAGCCUGGGCGUGGUCAAGCCGCUGCUGUCCUUCAUCAGCCCCUCCAUCCCCAUCACUUUCCUCCGCAACGUCACCUGGGUCAUGGUCAACCUGUGCCGCCACAAGGACCCCCCGCCCCCCAUGGAGACCAUCCAGGAGAUCCUGCCGGCUCUGUGCGUGCUGAUUCACCACACGGAUGUGAAUAUCCUGGUGGACACCGUGUGGGCUCUGUCCUACCUGACGGACGCAGGUAACGAGCAGAUCCAGAUGGUCAUCGACUCCGGCAUCGUGCCUCACCUGGUGCCCCUCCUCAGCCACCAGGAGGUCAAAGUGCAGACUGCUGCGCUGCGAGCCGUGGGGAACAUCGUGACUGGGACGGAUGAGCAGACCCAGGUGGUCCUCAACUGCGACGCCCUCGGCCACUUUCCCUCUCUGCUCACACACCCCAAGGAGAAGAUCAACAAGGAGGCAGUGUGGUUCCUGUCAAACAUCACUGCAGGAAACCAGCAGCAGGUUCAGGCCGUGAUUGAUGCCAACCUGGUGCCCAUGAUCAUCCUCCUCCUCGACAAGGGUGACUUUGGCACUCAGAAGGAGGCUGCCUGGGCCAUCAGUAACCUGACCAUCAGUGGAAGGAAGGACCAGGUGGCAUACCUCAUCCAACAACAGGUCAUCCCGCCGUUCUGUAACCUGCUGACCGUGAAGGACGCGCAGGUUGUCCAGGUGGUGCUGGACGGGCUCAGCAACAUCCUCAAGAUGGCGGACGACGAGGCCGAGACCAUCGCCAACCUGAUCGAGGAGUGUGGAGGUUUGGAGAAGGUGGAGCAGCUCCAGAAUCAUGAGAAUGAGGACAUCUAUAAACUGGCCUACGAAAUUAUCGAUCAGUUCUUCUCUUCCGAUGAUAUUGAUGAAGACUCCAGCUUGGUUCCAGAAGCCAUCCAGGGUGGAACGUAUGGUUUCAACUCCUCCACCAACGUGCCAGCAGAAGGGUUUCAGUUCUAGACCGCGCCAGAGCGUCUGGAGUUUUGUUGGCGAUGCAGCACUCUGUUCAACAUAAAAAAUAAUUAGGAGAGAAAGCGAGCGAGAGAGAGCGAGCGAGAGUGUGAAAGAAAUUAGAUCCAUUGUGCUUGGCUCAUGGGAUCCAUAGCUGCAUCUAAUCCGAGAGAAAUUGUGUGGAUUUCGUUUGGCAUUCCGAGGAGAGAGGUCCAAACGAAGCUUGACGGCGAGUGAGUGCGAGUGAGUGGCUACUAUAUGUUGCAAAAAUCAACCAUCUACACUGAAUGCGUUGAGAGACAUUUCGUGAAACUUCACACACAACAAAAAGUUACCAGGCGUGUCUAUUACAAGUUUUCAAAACAACAACAACAACAACAAAACAGGAGGCAAGUCAAAUAGAUCUGAUGUCACCACCUCAGGGGGAGAACCAAGGCAUCACAAUCUAUCCAAUUUGAAGGCAAGACACAAAGCAAAAGCUUCACGUUUAUACAAAUCAAUACAAAUCUAACUGGAUGAACUCAAGACAAGAAAACCAAUCCACAUCAUAACCUUCUGAGGUUUCCGAGACCCAGGGGGAGGGGCCACCCUGGAUAGGCCCCUCCCCCUCCUCCAUAGCCAUGCUGCGAGAGACUUGUGUAUGAAUGGACUCAUGAAUGCGUAUGAAUGUCUGGACUCGGUGCAGAGGAGCCAGACCUCAUCUCCUCUAGUGAAACCCUCCACGGAUACGGGCUGCCUCCCUCCUCCGACUUGGGUCCCCAGAGUCCAGCGGUACCCGCAUGUGUCGCGUGUGCUAGAGAAAAUAAAAAACACAAAACAAAAACAAAAUGGACGAGUGGUGGUGUGUGUGUGCGCGCGUGACUGGGGUGUGCAAGGAGAAACCGGAUGAGAACGCAUGCAGAGAGAGAGUCAACAUCGAAAAAGAUCCGAGGAAAAAUGAGAUCGCAAAAAACAAACGAGGAAAUUAAAAUAACAACAUAAUUACCAAGAAAUACAAAACAAGAAUGGAGUAAAGAAAAAAGUGGAAAACCAUUUGUCUGUGAAAAGAGAGAAGGCUGAUCCAACACGAGUCCUGGAGAGGAGAAGAGAAGAACACCUCCUAAUCAGCUACAUCGACUUUAAACAUCAACGUCGUCACAACUUUUGUUUUUUGUUUUUAAUUCAUGAGUUAGUAUUAAAUCAACACUGGACAGUGCUGUUGGACGGACAGACAGACAGACGGUAGAGCCGUUGUGCAUUGUGUAAAAGAUGCAUUUUGGUGGUUCUGGGGGCUAGCUAAAGGCCCUUAGUGUGUACCUUUUUAUUUUCAUUUUAUUUCUUCAGCUUUUAUUUUUUUCCGACGCUUGUGUAGAAGUGAACAUUGACGCCUCAUCUAUGCCCCUCCCACCCCAUCCUUUCCUUUCUUCUGUGACCACCAUUGAUUUGAUGCUGUGAAGUCUAUGACAUCACCAUAACUAACCACAUGACUGUUUGUUUUUCCUUCCUGCAUGACAAAAUUCCUUUUUGUUUUCCUUUUUACCCUUUUAGUUUCCUUGGAGCAAAAAGUAACUGUAUUGCCAUAGCUUUGAGCUUACAAAAAUAUCACCAGAGGGGGGGAAAUUACAAGAUAUGGCCAUUUUAUGUAACUUUGUGGAACAUAAUCUUUGCAUGUGCUAAACUACAGCAUAGUUACUUCUAGGGGUUUUUAGUUUUGUUAGGGCUUUGUACACCGUGUAAUUUCUUUUUCUAGUCGACUGUGCUGUUGAAAUGUCACACGUCUCUUUUCCUGUUCCCCUAAUCACCUCUUUUUCUCCAGCUCUUUCCCCCACCAGACUUAGUUUCUGAUUUCACAAGUUCUGAACCAUUUUUUUGCACAUGUACGGACGACUGGGAGGCCUCAAGUCACACGAGACAGGUGGUGGUGUGGAGAGAAAAAAAAAUGAAAAUGACCCCACCGUCUAUAUGCAUUAUACAAUUACAAUCUUAAUUUGUAUUUUAUACCUAGAUGAACUAGCCAGAGUUAAUCCAUACUGAGCCGUGUCAGUGGAGUGACAGUGUCCCAAAUGGAGAAAACAAAAAGAAAAUAUUUUCCCCGACCUAGUGAUCGGCCUGCCUCGUUUUUUUUUUUUUUUUUUUUUUUUUUUUUUUUUUUUGGACAGUGCCCCUUCCUGCGGGGGAUGCUGCUGACCCUGGCGAGGUGAAGAGGCCUCCCACACUCCUGGCACACCAGUAGAAGUGUGGUGCCUUCUUUUUAGAGCACAAAAAACAUGCAUGUACAAAACUGUGCUGUACUUCAAUCCCUCCCCAGAGGCUCCCGCCCCCCCUCCCUGUAGGAUGCCCCAUACCCUUUUGUUUGUGUUUAUAUAUGAGAAAAAAAAAAAAAACCUUCAGAACACUGUAGAGAUGGAUUACACUUUGUCGUCAUAACCUUCUGUUGGCCAUAGGGUAAUAUUUUUUUGCAGCAUUCCUUGUUAGCAAAGUUUCCAAGAAAUUGGUAUAGAGGAAAAGCUGGUUUGCUUAACCUGUUGGGUUUUGGCUACAGGCUAGGUUGUCUUUGGUGAAAAUAAAUAUCCAAACGCUA